AUGUCAAAUCCUCUUUUAGCCGCAGCUCUCAGUGCUGUUAUAAAUCUAAAUGUUGUUACUUAUGAUGAUUAUGUUAAAAGAAAAAUGAUGGUUGUUACGUCUCAUUUAGUUGGUGGUAGGAUACCUUACGCUGGAGUAAGAUUAAAUGAAUUAGGCAGAGGUGAACAAUUAUUAGUUAACACAUUAACUGAAGAUGAACAUACUUUAAAUGAAUACAAUAUACGAAAUGGAUCGACCUUACAAAUUGUAUUGAGAUUGAGAGGUGGAGGUCCCACUUUAUAUAGUCUUCCUAAUCACCUUGAUCUAAUAUUCGAUUAUAAUUUCACAGAUAUAAAUGAUGAUGGGAUAUAUUUUAAACGAGAAAAUUUUGAAUAUAAACGUCCUUGUGGUUGGGAAAGAAUCACUCUUAAUGUUCUUGACAAAUAUGAAAAUAAUAUUUGGCUUGACGUUAACAGUAGAAAAUCUUUAACAAGUUCAGCACAAAAUGAAUGGCCAGUUUCUUAUCAUGGAACUGCUGAACAUAAUUGUAAAUCAAUUGCCAAAGAAGGUUAUGAUUUGUGUAAGGGUAAACGAUUCACAUUUGGGCAUGGAAUUUAUUCAACACCAGAUAUAGACGUCGCAUCUAUAUAUGCUACUCAAUUCAUUCAUGAGGAAGAUAGAUAUCAAGUUAUAUUUCAAAAUCAAGUUAAUCCAAAUAAUUUAGUUAGACUUACAAAGGAAGAAACUGGUAUUGGUAAAUAUUGGAUUUCACCAAAUGGAGCAGAUUUACAUCCUUAUG